CCCUAGUUAUGUAAAGUGAGGCUCUAAAUUAAGAGCGAGCAGUGCAACGUGUCUGCUUUAGAGAACAUCACCGCAUCGUCUUCAUCAUCAAAUACACCCAGAAUGGAUGAUCAACAAGACAAAUUGCUGCCAAUAGCCAACGUGGGGAGAAUCAUGAAGAAGAUAUUACCACCGACCGCCAAAAUCUCGAAAGAAGCUAAGGAAAGAAUGCAAGAAUGCGCGUCGGAGUUCAUAAGCUUCGUCACCGGGGAAGCCUCCGACAAGUGCCACAAGGAGAACCGGAAGACAGUGAACGGCGACGACAUCUGCUGGGCUCUCAGCUCUCUAGGGUUCGACGUUUACGCCGAGGCCAUGACCAGGUAUCUUCAUAAGUUCCGGGAGUACGAGAGGCAAAGGGCCAAUCAAACCAUGGGCGGCGCCGCCUCCAGCAACGACGAAGAUGGAUCGGAUAAGCAAACCGCCGGCGAAACCGCGUAUAUCUGAGAAAUGCUUUCUUGGGUUUUUCCUUUACUGUAAGUUCAGAUUUACAGAAUCCAAAAUACUUUUCUUUUCUGAGAUGCCUAAGUUAGGUUUGGGAUUUAACUGUACUAUCUUCUUCCUUGA